GCAUGUGCCGCUAAUGCAAUAAGGUCAUGUCGGGAUCCCUUAGACAAGCUAAUGUAUUACUUAACACUGGAUAUCUCGAGUUACAGCAACAUUUUUCAACACACCGUUGUCAGUUAGUAUUUGUUCGCUACUGUCGACAGUUACAGUCUUAGGGCUAAAUACCCAAGCGGAGAAGGAUUCAGCCGUGUGUUCGGUAGACAAGCUAACCCUGACAGCAGCUAGUUUCUCAAUGGCUGUGUCUAAAUGUACCCGGCUCACUGGCCCGUUGACCAAGCAGGUCCUGGACUCGGUGGACAGUGUGCUGUUUGACUGCGACGGGGUGAUAUGGAGAGGAGAUCAAGCGAUUCCAGGCGCCCCUGAAGUGAUCAAUUCGCUGAAAAAGGCUGGUAAGCGUGUGUUUUUCGUCACCAAUAACAGCACAAAAACCCGCAAAAUGUACGCAGAGAAGCUGGGAAAGCUGGGCUUCGAGGCCAGCAAGGAUGAAGUGUUCGGCACUGCUUACUGUUCAGCUGUGUACCUGAAAACCGUGUGCAACCUCCAGGGCAAAGUGUACUUGAUUGGAAGCAAUGCGAUGAAGCAAGAGCUCGAGGCGAUAGGGAUCGAGUCGGUCGGUGUGGGACCAGAUCCGGUCUCAGGAGGGCAGAAAGACUGGGCCAGUGUUCCUCUGGACCCGGAGGUCAAGGCUGUUCUGGUGGGUUUUGACGAACAUUUCAGUUACAUGAAGCUGAACAGAGCUUUGCAGUACCUGUGCAAUGCCGAGUGUCAGUUUGUGGGCACCAAUACAGACACCAGACUUCCUCUUGAGGGGGGCAAAGCUGUCCCAGGUACUGGUUGCCUUUUGAAGGCCGUGGAGACAGCGGCGCAGCGCCAUGCCCAAGUGGUCGGGAAGCCCAGCAGCUUCAUGUUCAAAUGCAUGGCUAACCAGUUCGGGCUUGACCCAAGCAAAUGCCUUAUGGUUGGGGACAGACUGGACACAGACAUCAUGUUAGGUUCCACCUGUGGUCUGAAGACUCUGCUGUCCCUGACUGGUGUCUCAACAAUAGCAGAUGCAGAGGAGCACCAAAGAAGCGGGUGUCCCAAGCGUCAGGGGAUGGUGCCCGAUUACUAUGUUGAUAGCAUUGCAGAGAUUUUACCAGCCCUCCAAGCAUAGUGGGUCGGUACUGAUGAGGAUGUAAAAUGUAUCCAGGGUUAUGUAGGUUCAGCAUAAAGGGAAUAUUAUUUACAAUAUUUACUCAUUAAAAUUUACAAUAAUUACUAAUAUUAUUUACAAAACAGAACUCAGUUCAUUGUUAAAAGAGUGAAUGAGGAGGUUUUUAAUUUAGUCUCCAGGACCUCCAAUCAGCACAUUUUUAUUUUGCUGAGUCAAACACACACGUCCCAGGUAAAUAAUAGGUGAAUUUUUGAUUUAGGUGUCUUUUGGAACUUCAGCAGAAGAAAACGUGGACUGGCUUGAAGGUCUUGAGGACUAGAUCGAGACCCACUGCAAGAGGCUUAUAUAAUAGCUAGAUAUUUCCAAGUGAUAUUUAUAUCAGUAGUUUCUGAUCUCCAGUUAUCAGGACCCACAGCCCUUCAUAGCUACUUCAACACACCUAAGAUCCAGUUUAUGGAUUGGUUUAGGUAUUUAGGGGUAGGAAAAACUAGCAGUGGAUCCUCAUGGGUGGAUUUCAUAUACAAUAUCCAGGAUUUUGUCGGGACACUGAUUGGAAUAUGUAGUCCUUAUAAAGCCACAAAAGCAUACUUUCUAUUAAUAAUCUGCUCCAUCAGCAUGGUCUACCUCUGUCAUUCCACAAGAAUGUCCAUGUAUAUCAUUGUGCUUUUUGCCAAGUACAGUGUUAGUGUUCCUUUGUGCAUUUUUUGAAGAUAUCUACAUACAUAUUGGUACACACCUAUAUACAUACAUGUACUGAAUACAGAAUCAACAUGUGAUGUUUUUUUGUUUCUUUCAAACCUCAGGUACUGAAAAAUGGCUUGCAACAGACAAGAUGGCUUAUUGGUUGAUAAUACAACCAAUGUGAUGAUUUGCUCAGAUGUGCACUACCACAAAUAACUAAACACAAUGUUCUUUAUUGAGGUGCUUGUUUUUCCUCAUUAUUAAAGUUAGCCCUCCUUGUAGAGUUUGAAGCGUAACAGCUACUGUAACUGACUUCCGUUUUAUGAUCACUAGUAAUGGUUUCCUUUUUUGUCUUGCCUUGAACAAAGUGCUCACUACACAAAAGAUCAAAUAAAUAAGCAUCCUCUCAGACUGAAA